UUCAGAUUUCUCCGGCGAGAGAGAGAGAGAGAGAUAACGAAGGGGAGGGAGAGAAACUAGAGAGGGAAAGCCGACAGAUUUGUUAGCGGCCGAGGAGACGAACUUCAGCCACAGUAAACAGUGCAAAUCAUAUCAAAUAUUAUAAACGAUAUGGAAGGGAUGGUAGUACUGGGACGGACGUCGUUCGUAUACACCUUGCUACUUUGGUCUUUAAAAGACUGCUGGUGCGCAGUGAUGGUUACAGUGACCCCCAAAGUGGACGCCAUCAAGGGAGAGACAGCCAUCCUGCCCUGCUCCUUCAGCUCGCCGGUGACCCUUGGCAACACCUUCAUUGAAUGGUUCAUUGAGGAGGGUGGAUCACGAAAGCGGGUGGCCUUCAGGACUGUGUCAGGCGCGACUGAGGGCAUUGAUGAGGGCAACCAGCUCUCGGGCCGGGUGUCCAUGGGGCAGAACAACUCACUGUUGAUCUCUCCAGUGAGGGUGGAAGACGAAAGGCGCUUUCACUGCCAGGUGACAGCAGGCAUUUCUGGGACCGGAGAAGCAACUACCAAGCUCAGUGUCUUCUUUGCACCGGAGAAGCCUGUGUUAGCAGGAUCCAGCCAGCCCAUUCCUGUGGACCAGACCCCCAGCCCUCAGGUUGGCCAGUGUACCAGCCGGAAUGGCUUCCCAGCUCCCCGCCUCAUCUGGUACAAGAACUCCAAUCCUCUCCCAGAAGUCAAAGACCACAAUGAGCCUACAUACAUGGUCUCCAGCGUGGUGAAGGAGGCCUCAGGCCUCUUCACUGUGUCCAGCACCCUCUACCUGCGCCCUAAAAAGAAGGACAAGAAUGCCAAGUUCCGUUGCACUGUGGAGUACAGCAUGCCCAAUGACACGAUCGACCAGCAGAAUUCUGAGUCCUUCACCCUCAACCUCCUCUAUCCCACAGAGGAAGUAACCUUCAGCCUCAUGAAUUCUGUGCCAGUGAAGGAGGGUGACAACGUGACGAUGAAGUGUGUGGCUGAUGGCAACCCUGAACCGACAUACGAUUUCACCUUUAUUAAUAAGGGAAAAGAAACUCCCAAGCAUGCUACUGAUGGAAUGCUGACCCUGCAUUCUGUAACACGGGCAGACAACGGGACUUAUAGAUGUGAAGCUCUGGACUUUGAUGCGAAGGAUAUUGAGCUCACCAAAGAGCUCAAACUUAUCGUUCACUAUCUGGAUCCAGUGAAGAUCACUCCUGCUGGAUCCCAUGUCGUGCCUCUUGGGGAGAGCAUCCAGCUAGAGUGUAAGACCAAGGGCUCUGAUGUUCACACGUUGGAGUGGAAGAAGGGGACAGCAACACUAUCCAACAGCGGCAUGCUGAUGAUAAACUCGGCAUCGUACGCAGACGCGGGACUCUACAUCUGUGAGAGCAGCGUGUUCACUGUCCCCGGGCUCUACGCUAGAGGCAAUGUCACGCUCCGGGUUUCGGGAAAGCCAGAGAUUGCUCCUGCUCCCGAGGCCAAAGUACAUAACAUGGGUGACACUGUGACACUUUCCUGCUCUGCCUAUGGAUAUCCUGACCCUCAGUUCUCCUGGACUCCUUCAGGCAAACAGGCGGUUAUGGUCCAGGAGAACAAGGUCAUUAGCACGUUAACGCUUGAAGCUACGGAAACCGUGCUUAAUGGCGGGGUCACAUGUGAGGCCACGAAUGAGCAUGGAAAGGAUACCCAGCAGUUCAUGGUUGUCAUUAGCAAAGAAUCUUCCACAGACAACGGUGGUGCGGGCAGAGCUGACAAGCAGCAGGGCGGCGCCGCUGGUGUCGUGGUGGCAGUUGUAGUGUGCGUGCUGCUACUCCUCCUGCUGGUCACUCUGUUGUAUUGCCUGCAGAAGAACGGAAAGUUGCCCUGUGGGAAAGAGGAUAAGAAAGAAGUUGCUUCUGGGGAUAUAAAAAAUGACAUUGUGGUGGAGAUGAAGUCCGAGAAAGCCAAGGAGGAUACUGAGCUGCUCAGCAAGCAUCCAGCUACAGAGCAGUGAUGAACUGAAGGAUGGACAGAUAAGGAUGGGUGGAGAGACCAGUGAGGAUGGGGUCAAAAUGGUGAUCGAAUUUUUUUUAUUUUUUUAAAACCCAGACACAAAACUGAGCGAGACUUCCGGGGCGUAAAGGAAACUUGUGAUGUCAUGGAGGACAGAGAGUUCCAGGUUAUUCUACUGCACCACAGCUUCUCUGUAAACUGGGAAAUAGAUCCUGGCCUUCAAGGCAGGUUAAUGUAGUACAGUUUGGCCAGACACAGUACGUCAAGUUUCUGCAUCCAGAUGCAACACACUGAUUGGUUACUGGGUAUCUGGGCUAUGUGCUUGUGUCUGUGCUGUAAGCUAGCAUGUAUAUCUGCAUUGUGAUGUUCAUGUUUAUCUGUGCAGUGUGUAUGCUCUUUGAAUUGCAUGUGCGGUCAUUCUGCUUGUUUUUCAUGCUAUAAGAUUGGGGGUGGGGUGGGGUGGUACCCUCUCAGCAUUGCCUGCUCAUACAUGCACUGGCUGAAACCCACACUCCCCUUCUGUCAUGCCAUAAACAUUGUUUUUCCAGCCAGAUCAGUUUAGCCGUACUUCACUGUGGAGUGCUGUUACAAAGCAGAUGACCAGAACCCAUCUGUGGUUCAAGUCUGGGUUUUAAAAUCUGGGUAUCGCCAAUGUUAACUGGUAUCAUUUGCCCAUCCCUGUUUCUGCUUUUGAAAAAAGGUUUUGCUAAUCUUUUUUUUAAUUUGCUUUAUAUUUUCUUCAUCUUGAGGCUUUAACCACACCAAAUGGGAAAAUCCUGCUUAAUAUUUGUGUGUUUUAAAAUCACUGCCAACUUUACUCUUUUCUCAUUCCCAUUUUGGGAUUUUUCAGUUGUGUAGACUUUUGCAGAUUGGGUUUUCCCCCACCCCUGACCGCACAGUGUCCUGAGAGAGCUUGACUGCUUGCGAUGACCGUGAGAAACGUUAAGCAGACAAAUAUAAAAAGCUUUGCAGUCACAGUCAACCCUUAUUUGCCCAAAAUAUGUGUUUUGCUAGUACUCUUAAAACAAAAUGAGAAAGUAGAAGUCAGAAGAAAUUUUUGAACCCAAGUCUAUAUUAUCAGACCUUUAAUAAUCACGCAAAUGUACUCCAUUCUGCACUUUUUAUCUUGCAAAGAAAAACAUCCACAAUUCAAAAUAUAUUAUUCCAUGGGCCGUUUGUAUUCAUUUAGUGGCAAACUGUGCCUGUGAGUCAAUAUGGCGAAAAUGAAAUUCAGUGAGCUGGCAUUAAAUAACCAUUUUUCCCUGAUAAUCUUGCAAUGCGUCCAGUACGAUGAAGCUGUCCUCUCCUUUUAUAGAGCAGAACAUGGAGUGUCAACUGAUGUAUCACAUCACGUGUGUCAUGAAAGGGACAGGAUGGGAAAUGUAGGAGCAGGGGAUGCCUUUGGAUUAUAACUUUAUGUGGAUUAUGGUAAAUAGUUUUCAAUGAAUUUAAGUGUCAGUGCUUUGAAUUAUAUAUAUAUAUAUAUAUAUAUAUAUAUAUAUAUAUGUGUGUGUGUGUGUGUGUGUGCGUGUGUGUGUGUGUGUGUGUGAGGACAAUUAGAUUGCCUUAUUUUUUACAGCUGUAGCACAGAGAACAGUGCCAAUGACUUUGUAUUACACUGGAAUUAAUGAGUAUCCCACUUUCAUAGAGAUGUUUUUUUUUGCUGGAGCUGAGAAAUUUCACAUACAACUACUUUUUAUAUGUAUAUCUGAUCUCAGCUCAUCAUGGAUUUCAAAACGUAUGGCUUAAUGACUGUUAACGAGGUCUGUGAUUGCAGGUAAACCUGUGAUUUGGUAUGUAAAACAACGAAUGCUUGCCUGUUUGCCUAUUUGAUGGUUAAAAAUGUGAUAUGAAAUGUAUCUUCAUUUUUUUAAUGGUACUAUUUUACUGCUGUUGAACUACUGAUUUGUUUCCUAGUUGUUUCUACCCUCACAGCAGUAUAUAUAAAUAUAUGUUUUAUAUAUAAUAUUAUUUUUAUUAUUAUUUUUCUUUAGGACUCUGCUCUUGUUUAAUGAAACCUGGUGUGUGUGCUUUUGCUCUUGUAUAUUGUAUAUUUUGUGGUAUGAACCUGUGAGCUCUGUAGAUUGUUGUGUCUUUUUAUAGUCUGUAGACAUUUUCCUGCAGCGUCAGAAACCCACCAAAAUGACAUAGAACCCUCCCAAAUCUCUGUAGUUUUUUGACAUGCUUUAAAAAGAGUUAUCAAUUGACUUGUUUUGAAAUAUAUGUUUGCUUCCUGUUCUUAUUUUUGCUUUAUUCACUAAAUAUUUCGCUUGGCUGUAAUUCCAGACCAUUUUGUUGAUAAAAUCCCUCCACUGUAGCUAUGUCUGCAGCAGUGACGUGGUCACACUCUUCUCAUUUAGGCACCACACUAUAUUCACAGGUCAGUAACUGCACACUUGUUUAAUAUGAUCCACAGGCUGAGUUAAUGCUUCACUUUUGUCAUUCAAGUAUGUCUCUGGUCAAGGUGAUUUGGAAUUGGUUUAUAAGUAGGAUGAGAGAUUCUCAGUCACUGUUUAGUAUAACUGUUUAACGUAAGAUUAAAUGUGCAGUGCAGACAUGGGUGUUGAUUAAUGCGAAGGCCAUCAUUAUCAUAAUCAUGACCAUCAUCACCAUCAUCAUCAUCACUUCAUCGGAAAGCAAACAUCUUCACAGCACAAAAGUUUCCGAGGUGCUUGUAAACAAAUCCUCAAAACCUCAAAGUCAGUGCUUUUAGCUUUCUAAUGGUCCUGUAGCUUUUACCAUUAACUAUAGACUCCACUUUAUAUCUAUCAAGUCCCAUCAGUGAUUAUGUAAUUCUGCAGGCUUUCCUCCAAAAGCCCAUUACGAUAUUAAAAGCCAUCCUUGAUUAGCCAGGCAGUGUGGGCUUUGAUUUGCAUUCUGACCUCCGAGAGGAAACUGAAAGGCCAGAGAGGAGAUGAAUGUGCGAUGGCCACUCCUGGGCAGCAGGUGUGAUGCCUUUGUGUUUGCAUGUCUGUGUCUCUCAUGGUUUUAUUUCCCUCAAUAUAGCUGUGGGUUUGUGUGCUUAUGCCAGGAAUCAUGACUCCUAAGUGACUCCUAAGUAGCUGUUGUCUUUUCAAAGCUACAGAAUAUACAUAAGAUACAUAACCCGCUUGCUUUGACCGCAGCAUUACUGACAAUGGCAGCUACUUCACUCUGACUUUGAAAGGGGAUCUCGUUGCCUGAGGAAGAAAGUGAGACAUGUACAUGAGUUGUUAUGAAAGAGGGCUUCCUAACUGCACUGGCCUCCAUUAUGGGUAGCUAAUUAAUGCAUAGUGCUUUGGGAACCGGAAGGACAGUGCAGUCAUGCUGGGCGUUAGCCAGGUCGAGCUGACAUAGUACGGUGGGGUUGACUGCUGAAUAUUCUACAGCUACAGCGCAAUCCUAGCUGAAGUGUAGAAUCAGCAUGGCACCCAAAUAUAGUACUUUCCCCACAGCAAUAUCAACAUCAACAACUAAGCUUAGGAGAAGUACACAAAUAUCUGCGAAUUCCCAUUAUAUAUAGCUAUAGAACAAGAUUCUUAAAAAUGUGAAAUGUGCUGGAGAAAUCUCGUUGAGUUGAGUUAUCUGGCUUGCGUAAUCUGCAUUGUGUUAUUUUAUAUUUAAAAUAUUUCCUGAUAGCCACUGUUUUAAAAUGGAUGCUCUAAAUUUGGUUGUGCAAGACCAUUCUUCUGCAAGAACAUUCUUAGUAUGACUCAGCAGUUGACCUGAAACCUAAAAGCCUGUCAAUAAAUGCCAUAAUCAUU